GAGCACCAUCAGGGGAACUGUCCCGGCGUGACUCUGCUGCUUCUGCCGUCGAGGAAGAAACUAAGCAGACUUUUUAUUUGUUAUUUGACGCGCAGGCUUUUUCCUCCUCCCGCCUCGCCGCCCGCCGCUGUCGUUUCCCCGGGAAAGUUGAGCGGAAUAUAACCUUUAAAAAAAACUUCCUCAGUCGCUCCGACCGUAAAGAAAGGUACGAUGAAUCCCGAGCUGGUGGACCAGAAUGGCAGCUCGCAUUAAACAGCUGGAAUUAUACUUUUUUUUUGACGAACUCGCCCGAACUCCGACAGAGCCUGGUUUAAUUUCUCUCCGUGGAUUCUGAGUGACGGGGCGCCAUCAUGCCGAUACUCAAGCAACUGAUGAACAACUCCAACCAGUCGAAGCGGCGGUCUCGCAUUGACCUCACGGCGGAGAUGAUCAGCGCUCCCAUGGGCGACUUCCGCCACACCAUGCACGUUGGCAGGGGGGGCGAUGCCUUCGGGGACACUUCAUUUCUCAGCACCCGGUCCGGGGAACCUCCCAGGGAGCCGGAAGCUAAGCAGAUCUCCCCGGGCCACAAACCGGGUCUGCUGUCCCGCGCCUUCAGAAGCAGCAAGCGCUCUCAGUCGAUCAACCGGGGGGACAAGUACGAAUACGGGCCCUCUGGUGGCUCCUCCGCCUCCGUGAAGAACGCCAUAUCCCUGCCGUACCUCAACGAAGAGGACGUGCACCGGGGCGGCCAUCUGCCGAAGAGCGUCUCCUCGAGCCCCAUGAAGAGGCUGUCGGAGAUCGAGAGCAAGCCGGCCAACGGCGCCGCGGCGAUGGCGGCGAUGGACGCCGAGUUCGCCGAGCAUCAAUUUGGCGAAAUUACAGAUUUGCCCCCGUCCAUGCCUAAGGGGGGCGGAAUGAAGCACGCGGAGUCCAUGAUGUCCUUCCACAUUGACUUGGGGCCCUCCAUGCUCGGGGAUAUCUUGAGCGUGAUGGAGAAGAAGGGCGGCGAGGAGGACGACCUCGGCUACGAGGAGGGGAAAGGCAGCGAGGGCCGCGCGUCGCCCGCCCUCGUUCCCCACAUCGAUGCGGAGGAGCGGGCCCCGGCGAGGCCACCUCGGAUGUACCAGCAGAAGCCCGUGGUGGACCCCUACACCCCAGAGCUACACACCCGAAACAACAACAACAACAACAACCACCACAACCUGGACAGCUCCUCCGUGUCCAGCUCCGGCUCCGUCGCCGAGGAGAAACCCCCGUACCGCCUCCACGACGCCGACACGGACAGCGCCAAGUACAGCUCGCCACGGGGGGAGGAAGACCGGGACUUCACCUACAUGGACGACGACGACGACGAGAUUCGAGUGUAGACCGGUUUCAUUGCCGUGAACAGUCUCGGAGGGCCAAGCUGGAAAAUCUGGGAUUCCUAGGCUGUGCCAUUCUGCUUUAAGCUGCUUGUGGAUGAACCGUUUCCCUGCACGCUUUGUCCACACAUUAAACCAAUGAAGCCUUAUUCUCUGUGCUGUCGGCGGGACAUGUGAGCCGAGUGCAUACAAACCGGCUCACAAAGUGACUUCAUCAAGCUUUGGGUUAAUCCAUCAUUGCACUUUUUUGUUUUUUUGUUGUAACGUCAGACUCCUUACGAUCCGUGAAUUCUACCGAUUCUUGCGGUCAAACCUUCUCCUCAAGUGCGUCCGCACUACAAAUCAUCCGGCCUAAAGCACUUGAGAAGUAAAGGGCGACGAUAAGGGUCGGAGAAUCGUACCCCCCCCCUCCCCCUCCAUUUGGAGUGCGAUGUGUUAGGAGAGGGAUGUGCAGGGUCACAAACCAGAUGUGGCCCGAACCAGGAAGAGGAAAAAGGAAAAAGGACAAGAGGUGAAACUCCGACGGUUCUGAAGCCCCCGAGUGUGGGCGUGACCGUGGAGCCGCUUGUUUGACGAUGUCUUGGCAUUGACACUAAAUAGAGAAAGUAGAUAUUACUUUUGUCCCUGACAGACUUAAAGAGGAGUGAUUUCUGUUUGUUUUUUAAACUUUAUUUCAUGUACUUAAAGUAUGGAAGUCGGUGUUGAUGUAUCUGAGUUUGGUAGUUUAUCGUUUUGUCAAUUCACAAAAAGCUGUGUUAGUUUCAGACACUUUCAUAAGCGAUGGAUUAUAAUGUGCACUGCUACAUAUUUAAAAGUUUAGAUUGGGGGGGGGGGGGGUUCAAAAAAGUCUAAACGGUACGAACCGAGCGAGCUUCUUUGCAUAGAAGUGGGCUGCAUGGCACUUAAUGAAUGGACCCAAGGAGACAUUCACACGUUCUGGAAUGGUGAAACCAGAAGGCCUUGUGCACGUGUUCCCGUGUCCUGUAUUCAUUUAAACAACAGGAUAGGAGUGGUGGUUGUGGGUAAUGUGCGUCUCUGUGUCGUCACGGCUCCGACGACGUCUGGAUGGAGUCGUUGCAGCAGGAAAAACGUGUGAAAUCAGUUCCCGGCUUGGGCUCCGUCCAGAAGACGAGUCCUCUGUCUCUGGACGCGUGUUCACGCUCGUCUCCAGAGGCGGAGGAUGUAAAUGCCGUAAGCACCGCGUUCAAAGUGUUGCUCGAGCGCAGCUGCUCGGGCGGCGGGCAUCCGGUGUGUCCCGGGGGGCGGCGGGAGCGGCAGGUAUUUCCCCCCCCAACCGGCCCCCGACAGGUGAUGCCGUUCACCUCCACCGGCGCAGCCCGAAUCACACGGUGGGAACGGACGAUUAAAUCAACCCAUCGUGUGGCCUUUCCCCCGUCUGCUCAUUAAGUGUGCUGGAUUAUUGCCCCCCCCCCACCCCAACCAGCUGGAACGUAUCCAGACACGGCAGGUCCGGAGCAGCCAGGUGGGCCGUUUCUCUGUCUGCUUUCUUGCGCGGUGUUGUGCUCUUUCUGGUAUUCGUGACACGGGAGCUUUGGAUCUGAAGCGGCGGUGUGCCGCUCUGCCUCGGGUUAUGUUCACGUUUUGGGAAAACUGUCUUUGUGAACAGGUUGCAAGGUCUGCAUUUUGUAAGCGAUCUGGAGGGGAAAUGCCGAGUAGGUCUGAACCAUAAUGUCGGGAAACACUAGCAGGAUUUAGGUUAAUUUUUUAAAUUUAAUUUGUUUUACCGUGUAUAGAUAUGCAGUAUGAUUUGAGUCGGAACUCUGUUAUAUUUUUAUGUAAAUAACCCAAAUUAUAAGAUGUCUUUUUACUUUACUAUUUGUUUGGGCAGCUUCAAUCCUUCACGUCCAUCACCAAGAAAAUGGACGUCUUAAGAGGAAAAGAAGAAGAUAAACACAAGUAAUGUAAAUAUAAUUUGUGCCAACGACGAUGACUCCGUGGUUCUGGCUUGAGAACUACAAGGAUGUUAGCUGCUAGAACACCAAGCGGUAUUCAUGAGUCCAUUUGGAAGCGGUAAACGGAGCAUCAUGGGAACGUACUAAAAUGAUACCGAAAUACUUUCCUGUAAUUGUCUUAACCUUCUGGCAUUUCGUUGCUCUGUCGGAAAGUUCCAGAAUAAACCAUUAUAAAGGAAUUCGCUCAUACUUUCUGCGCCGGGUCGGUGAGUGUUUAAAAGAUAAGGACUGUGAAAAAAACAAACAAGUAGCUCAGAGUUCUGCUGUUGAAUGUUUUCUUUUUUCUUCUAUUAUUCAGUGGCUGUAGCGUUAUGCCAAGUAUGUACUGUUUUCUUUACUUUUCCUACUCCUUAUUCUGGUUUUACAGUAUAUUAAUAUAUUUACCUUCCUCACACUCCUUUCUUUGAAAUAACAGCUAUAUUUUUCAAUAAAAGAGAAAGCUGGUAAUCUGUAA